UUGUUCAGUGAACUGCUGAGAGAAAUGAAAAGAGGAAGGUUUACUGGAAAAGAAAAUACGUCUUUAUAGUUUAGGAUGCCUAAAAAGUUUAAAGGAGUAAACACAAAAGCUGAAGAAACCCGUGCACGAAGGGAAGCAGUAAAAGUAGCCGAGAGGGAGAAAAAACAGAAGGAAGAAGAGGAUAAAUUAUGGGAAGAUAACGAUAAACAUGUCUUGAGGAAACAGCAAAGAAAGGAUGAUAAAGACCGCAAACGCCUUGAAGCAGCAGAGCGCAAGGCCGCUAACCAAGAAGCUCUUAAGGCAGAGGAAAGUGAAUUACCAAAGCAAAGUGGCAGUGUUCGUGCAAAGAAGACAGUAGCAGAGAUUCAAGCGGAACGUGAAAGGAAAGCCGCGGCCGCUGCUUUAGCUGCAGCUAAAACUCAAAAGAAAGAGGAGGAGACUGCCGAACCUCUUGAAGAAAACCCAAAUCAACAGAUGGCAGCACUGAUGGCGGCUGAAGGAGCUGUGGAAGCCCGCUCUGUGGAAGAUGCUAUAGCCGUGUUGAAUGUUGGCGGCACACCGGUGGACAGACACCCAGAAAAGAGGAUGAAAGCUGCCUACAGCGCUUUUGAGGAACGUGAACUUCCAAGGCUAAAACAAGAAAACCCCAACAUGCGAUUAUCACAACUGAAACAGUUACUUAAAAAAGAUUGGAUGAAAUCGCCUGAAAAUCCCAUGAAUAUGGUACAUGCAAAAAAGACAUAGAAAUCUUCGUUGAGCUUGAAUUAACUUUGUCUCAUUGAUUGCAAAUCAUAACGGAUCAUAAAAAGACGCAAAUAUACCAUGCAGUGUUCCAGCUCUGGCAUGCAACUAAGUUUUUUGGAAAUACGUUUAAAGUAUCUACCUGGUAUUGCAAUGUGGCUCGUGGUAUUGUUGGAUAGGUUUUUUUGAAAAUACCAUUUGUUGUUUACGAAUAACCAACUUGCAAAUUCAUCGUCCUGGUCGAGAUGGAGAAUUCUGGUUUAGGACUUAUGACUUAAUUGUAUUCUUCGUUAGCUGUACGGGACUCAUAGCUUGGCAGUAGAAAUGCUAAGAUAAAAAUAAAGUACACAAAUUGUCA